GCCCCUCUGAACCUCCACUCACACAGACGAACAGACCGUUGUUGAAAGAGCGGGAGAAUGAACGGAGCAGCCGAACUUUCCUGCUCAUGCUCAUUCCGCAGGUACUGAUAAACUUUUCCGAAUGAACAAGAAAUGCUCCGGAGCAUUCACACGCGUUUCAGUCCCAACCUCAACAAUCACCUCACGGGCUGCAAAAUUUCCUCGCCCAUUUCUCUCUUUCACAGCCUCACGAAGAUUCUGGCUCCAGAUUCUAAGCUAGAGUACAUCUUGAAUGAGGUUGAGGAGCUUCAAUCUUCAAAACCGACGAAUGGAUCAUUAUGGCAAUCAGCAUCAGAUUCCGAUGAUUUCUCCGAUAAGGAUGUUCCCGAGAAACAAAACUUAUCUGCGGUUCAAAUCUCACAUCCUUGGCCUGAAUGGGUGGACUUGAUGGAGUGCUUGAUGAGGAGAGGUUACUUUGAUGCAGAUGGAAACCCAUUUAGAAGUGGUGAAUUGGGUUCCAGGGAAUCAAAUAUUAUUAGGACCGCGUGCUUGAAUUUCGGUCGGGAUCGAUUUGAUCUUUUGAGGUACUUGUCUCGUAAGGAUAUCCAAGUUAUUGUUGGAGAUGGAUGCCCGAGCUUAGACAGGAAAGUUGUGAACUCGGGGAAGCGCCUCAGAGCCCACGUGGGAAUUGACGAGGGAACCGUAUGUGCUGAGCAAGAAUAUAUUGAUGUGUGCAGCGCCUGCAAUUUGAGGGGAGAGUGUGAAAGGGCAUUUGUGAAGGCACGUGAAGACGAAGGAGGAAGGACAGUGGAUUUAAUGCGUAUAAUCUUGACUUACGGGCUUGAUCCAAUUAUUGGUUCAGUUGAGAACAAACCAUGUCUGAAUAAAAUGAUAAAAGAAUCAGUGAGAAGACUGCUGCGAGAAUUAUUGGAGCUCAGCAUUAAAGAGGAUGGUUCUAAUCUCUCCAAUUCCACUGAAAGAGUUAAUCUCAAUCCACAAGACAAGGGCAAUAUAAAAGUCCCAAUGAAGCAAGGAGAUUGGCUUUGUCCCAAAUGCAAUUUCCUCAACUUCGCCCGAAAUAUCAAGUGCUUGAGCUGUGACGGCUUUUUUCAAGAAAGAAUAAAGCAAUUACAGAAUGAUCAGGAGCAUCUGCCAUUGAAGAAGGGAGACUGGAUUUGCGAUAAAUGUAACUUUAUUAAUUUCGCUAGGAAUACAAGAUGUUUCCUUUGCAAAGAGAAACCUCCAAAGCGGCAGCUAAAUCCAGGGGAGUGGGAAUGUGAAUCGUGCAACUACCUCAAUUUCAGGAGAAACAUGGUCUGCCUAAAAUGUGAUCACAGGCGGCCAAAGGCAUCAAGUGCUUCAGACUCUUCUCAUCAAUCACAAAUUGAAGAUCAAGGCUACCGCCAGAGCAACCAGUUAAAUUUUGGGAGAAAUCAAGGUAGCAUUAAUGGCCAAACAUUUACCAUAACCGAAAGAAAGAACAGGAGACAAGGUUCGGGUGAUUGGAGAUUUGUGGAAGACAGGAAUGAAAAUGGUCAAAGGUCCUAUUCUUGGAAUGAUACUUCUCAGUUUAACAAUUUUCCAAUUGCUGGAGGUAAGACUGAAUUGUCAAAGAGUCCACAAAAAAUAGAAGCAUGGAAGAAGGAAAUGCUGAAGAUGAACAAAAGCUCUAUGGAGAUGACAACAGAUAGUGAAGAUGAGUCCUGGUCUUCUGAUAACCAGACUAAUAGAGAAACGUCUUAUUUUACUGAUGAUGAAGACAUGGAAGAAUGGUUUGGAGCGGGUAGGAAAGAAAGAAAUAGAAUUCCGUGAAAGUAAGUUACAAUCACUUUGAUCAUACAUGGCACAUCUGUUAUACAUGUUUAUUGAUGGACGUUAUUGUUAAUGGCUUAGAUAACCAUCAAUAUGAUGCAUUGUUAGUACUCUUCAAUGCAUGAUUAAGUUCCUUGUCGAGUAAUUAAAGGAUAAAUGAUAGACAUAUAAACUAGAGGUGAAUCCUAAUAUACGAAGAGAUAAGCCACAGCUAUGUAACUGAUACAAAACAUGAGCUUGAACAUAUACUGUCAAGACAGUAAGGGAAAUAUAAGUGUAUUGAAGGUAUUUUAA